CAUGGAUACAAGUGGACAGUUCAAAGAGCUCAUCGACACUCUAGAAGACCUAACGGAAACUGUGAAACAUGUCGGAAUCAUAGCGUGUGACUUUGAAGAACAAAGUCAGGACGUCCUCAACACCAAGAUCAACGACAUGGUCAAGGGUCUAAAGAAACUAAACGAUCUAAAGGAUAACUUCGAGCAAGUUCAGGUUCCUUACGAGGUACUGAGUUACAUUGACCAAGGAAGGAAUCCUCAGUUGUACACCAAGGAUUGUCUGGAGAAGGCAAAGCAGAAGAAUGAGGAAGUGAAGGAGAAGAUUAACUCUUUGCAGAUUUUUAAAGAUAGUUUGGCGAAGGAGCUGAAGACGAAUGCGCCGUCUACCAUGGAACAGUACGAGCAGUCUCAAAACUCCAGAUGAAAAUUGUAGCGUGUUUGAUCUUUAAUAAUCAUUGUUUUGAGCUUUUACGGUAGACUUGUUUAAAGUCUGGAAGACUUGUUUAAAGUCUGAAAGUUGCUGUGAUUGAAGCAUUAGUUGUUGGACUAUGGUUGUUCAGUUUCAAUCGGACAAAUAUCUGAACAUUUCAAAAACCACAUGAGGUUGAAUAAUUAUUGCAUUAUAAAUAGCAGUAAAGAAAAUGUAGCGUUGUAAAAUAUCAAGCACUGUGAAAUGAAUAUUCUUUAUUUUUCAUCCAAAA